AUGACGUCAAUUGGCACAGGCUACGAUCUUUCCAACUCGGUGUUCUCACCAGACGGCCGCAAUUUCCAGGUCGAAUAUGCCGUCAAGGCUGUGGAAAACGGCGGUACUGCCGUGGGUAUCAGAUGCAAGGACGGUGUGGUGUUGGCAGUGGAAAAGAUCAUCACUAGCAAGCUUCUAAAGCCCGGCGCCAACAAGAGAAUUGCAUCGGUGGAUCGUCAUGUUGGCAUUGUCUCCUCCGGACUGGUCCCUGAUGGCCGCCACUUCGUUUCCAGAGCUCGCGAUGAAGCCUCCGCGUGGAGAGGCACCUACAAGGGCCCGAUCCCCACCAACGCCCUCGCCAAUCGUCUGGGUGGCUAUGUGCAAGCGUACACUCUCUACUCAAGUGUACGGCCGUUUGGUGUGACCGCUAUCGUUGGUGGCUGGGAUACCGAGGCGGAGCUCCCAGUGGACGGACAGGUCGGCAAUGGACCCAAAUCAGGCGCCGGCGGCAAGGUUGAGGGCGCGAAGGCCGGCGGUCCUGGUCUAUACAUGAUUGAACCCAGUGGUCUCUACUGGGGAUACUACGGUGCCGCAACUGGCAAGGGCCGACAGGCCGCCAAGGCUGAACUGGAGAAGCUAGAUCUGACCUCAGGCAACCUGUCUUUGGCAGACGGUGUGAAGGAAGCCGCUCGCAUUAUCUACGUUGCCCACGAAGACAGUAAGGACAAGGAAUUCGAACUGGAAAUGACGUGGAUUAGCUCGGUCGAUGGACCGACCAAGGGCCGUCAUGAGGAAGUGCCUAAGGAACUUCUUGAGGAGGCCGAGAAAGCAGCGAAGCGAUCCUUGGAGGGCGAUGACGAGGAAGAGGAAGAUAAGGGCCAAGGUGAACAGAUGCAAGAGUGA